UGGCGGACGAAGAGGGGAUUGUCGUCAUCGAUGAGUGUCCGGCUGUAGAGUUGGCUUCUUUUGAUGACGUCCUACUAAAACAACAUUUGGUGACAAUCUCUGAAAUGAUUCAGAGGGACAAAAACAGGCCAUCAGUGGUCAUGUGGUCCAUUGCUAAUGAACCAAGUUCAGAUAAACCCGCAGCAAAAGACUAUUUCCAGAAAGUGUCGGCUCACACAAGAAGUCUUGACAAAACCCGUCCCAUAACUGCUGCCACUGAUGCCAACUAUAAGACCGACAAUCUAGCACCUACAUUAGAUGUGAUUAUGAUUAACAGGUAUUACGGCUGGUAUUCAGACUGUGGUUAUCCGCAAGUCAUUGAAAAGCAAGUGACCACUGAUUUUAAUAAUUGGUAUAAUCAACACAAAAAGCCAAUUAUGAUCUCCGAGUACGGCGCCGACACUUUAGCCGGUAUACAUAUGGAACCUUCAUAUGUAUUCUCCGAAGACUAUGAAUCCGAGUUUCUAAUGAAUUAUCACAAAGCGUUUGAUGGACUCAGAAAAGAGGGUUUCUUUGUCGGGGAACUGGUCUGGAAUUUCGCUGACUUCAUGACCGGACAGAGUCAUCAACCAAACCCUCCGACCCAAACUUCAGAUGGUGGUACAGAUAGAAUAAUUGGCAAUCGGAAGGGUAUAUUCACUCGGGAAAGACAGCCCAAAGCCGCUGCCCGUCUCCUUCGGUGUCGUUACUGGAAUUUGGCUCCUCUUAAGUCACAACAACAUGAAGGCCUUUCCUACUGUCCUGUUGUCUAAUAUAUUGUG